AUUCACGAACUGGGGAGACCGUUUCCAUAAGAUGGCUUUUAUACAUCUGCUCAAGGGUAAAACUCAUGUUUUUGGAAUAUCGCAUUCAUUCAGUUAUGAAGGGAUUAAGUGUCCUAUGUGUUCCAGGUUUGUCAUACCUGAGGAUGUGGAAUACCACUUGGUCAUGUGCCUGACCAAACCAAGGAUUAACUACAAUGAGGAUGUACUAUCUGAAGACAAAGGGGAAUGCGUGAUAUGUUUUGAAGAACUUGAACAAGGAGAUACCAUUGCCAGACUCCCCUGUCUUUGUAUAUAUCAUAAAGUCUGUAUUGAUGCAUGGUUUCAAGUGAACAGGUCAUGUCCAGAACACCCAAAUAACUGACCAAGAGGCUUCCUCCACUAGCAUGAAGCUUUUUUUAAAGAUAGGCUAACUGUUUGUGUAAUCUUUUUGUUUUAAACCUGUAUCAGUUGAAGAGCUGAAAACUGAGGAUGAAGAAUUAGAAGCAGUUUAGCUUGAAAGCAAGAGCACAGAUUAAUGUAUCUGCCCAGCCCUAUUUCAACUGAGCAAGUGGUACUAACAAAUGUAAAGCUGCUGUAAUUACUCUACAAGAUUUAUGUGUCUGAAUGAUGCUGUGCCUUCAUGUAAAAUAGAAAGGAAAUUUGAAGCAGAAAGUACCACUUCAGUUGUCUUCUUUAUGAUAUGUAGAAGUGGGAUGGUUGUCUUUAUUUCUCAAAAAAGAAUGUUCUCUAGUUUUAUAUGCACUCCAAUUUGGAAAACGAGGCAAAAGAACAGAAGUGUUUUUUUUACACAUAGCCUAGUUUGUGAUCUUUAUGUACAGAUACAUACAGAAAGGAAGUUCAGUGUAGUUAGUCCUUGCUUUUAUUGUUAUUCUUAAAAAUUGUAUUUUUAACACAUAUUAAUUGUCCCCCCCCCCCCUUGAUACCACCACAUAAUAGUUAGUUGUAUAUAUAAAAUCUUAUGAAGUCUUAUUAUUAUUUCCAGUGAAUAGUGCUAUUUCAAAUUCAGUUUGUUAGAAAUAUAACAGGUCUGUCAGAGGAGCCUAAUUAUUUGAAGUUUACAUUACAAGAAUAAAACAGUGUUACAUUAUUUAUACCUCAUCAGACAGGAAUUUAUGUAUCUCUGCAAAAUUUUGUUUAUCUUUUGUUGCUUAUAUAGGAAAGUUUGUUGAUAAUUCAAAGUAAUAAUGAUUUGUUAUGGGAAUAAUUAAUUGUAUUGUUUAUGUACAUAAUAGAUUAAAAGUAUGGUUAAAAUAUUAUAAACAGAUUGUUUUGAUUUUGCAAUAACAUUUAUUUAAAAUGUCUCCAGGCAAAAUUUUAAGAUUUUGAUACAGUAUCUUUGCAAAAAUCUUCAGGCCAAAUUUAUUGGGUGGACUUGAUAUUUUGAAGAUAUAUUGAGUUUGACAAUAUAUAGUUUUUAUCAUUUUCACAAAAUCUACUACUUGUGCAAAUAUGGAUAUAAUUAAGAAUUUGUUGAACUUAAUAAAUUUGUUUGCUUUGUUUUAAGUGUGGCUUUUAGAAUAUGGAGAAAAAAUUGUUUUCAAAUGAAUAUACAAAAAAUGACAGUAUGAAGCACUGAUAGGCACUUAUUUCAAAAUUCAUAGUACUUAUAUAUUUUUUCCAAAUGUAAAGUAAGUUGUUAAUGUUGAAGCUGGUUUUUGACUUAACAGUAAGAAGCUCACAUAAGCAUGGAAUUUGCUAUCAUUGUUUUUUGAACACUUAAAUGUGAUUUUAGUCCUGGUAGAAAUAAUACUGGGGGAAGUAGUAUCUCUACCUCUUUCUUCUAACAAAGACUUCAUGUUAUUGAUGUAUUAAAAAGCAAGUAAUGAAAGGUAUUGGUAGUAGAAGUGUAACAAUUCACUCAUAUAAUUGGUGAAUUGAAAAUGGCUGCAGCUUGAAUUAUUCACAUCACCUUAUCCUAACAUUUUCAGUUGUUUAAAGUUUUUGUCAUAAAAAAAGAUGAAGCAAACCAACUUUCAUCAAUAUGUGUGUGUGGUAACAGUAAGAAAAUUGUCAAAUGGCUUCAGUAUCUUCAACUGGAAGCAUAACUUCACCACCACUGUAUGAUUACUGCUGGAUAGUAACACAGACUAACACAACUGUAAGUUUUUACAAUGGUGAUCAAUACCAACUGGCUCUAUACAGUUUCAUACUAAAAUCUUCAUUAUACCUAUACUUGCCAAUGUUAUUCCUCACAUGAUUCCAUAACUUAUAUAUCAGCCAUAUUAAAAUUCCUAAUGCAUUACACUUCCCUUCCUACCAAGCCAUUUGAAACAGUAAGUCUAGAAACCACCUGCUUUUAUAUCAAGAAAAUUUUUGUUCUGUGGUAAUUAAGAGUAAAAAUAAAAAGAUGUAGGCCAAUCCUCUUGAACAGUAGAACAAUCAUCCAUACAUGUUCCCCCUUUCUUAGCAAUGUGGUCAGACAUCUCCACUGUAUUCCUGCCACCAGUAUGUCCAGUGAAAGAAUAUUCAACACAGCUGCAGAUGUUUUCACUGCCCAAAGAGCAGCCCUAUUUCCUGAAUAUAUU